AUUAGCUUCAUCUUGCCCACGGGCGCUGCGAGCGACACAAUAAGGGAACUUAAAACACGUUUCGCCUGACUGGCAUACCCUUUGGUAAUUUAGAACACAGGGAAAUGACUCAGUUUAAUCACGCCUUCCUUAACUGACUCUCUUACCUUUACUGAGGUGUUCGUUAUCCCGUCGACGUUUGUUUUAAUUUGAGCCGUACGGUGUCAAGCAUUUGCGAAAGUGACUGUUAGCGAACCAAUAGGACUGCCGACACGCUGCCUCAGCCCCAAUGCAUUCAUCAACAGCUAGCGGAAUUUCUUGACAGACUUGAACUCGAUAGAGACCAAUAUUCGUCUUCAUAAAUGCUGGAGUGCAGAUAACUGAGAGAAUUCAGUGGUCAAAAUUUCAAGAUGUCUUUUGUUGGUGGUAGUCCUCCAACUGAGUGUACAUUGUCAGCCAUCCUUGAGGAGAGACCAAAGCUCAUAGAGCAAUUGGCCUUAUGCUUGGACAAAGAAAUGAGACUAAUUCCCAACUGGAAACAUUUGGCAUCGGAGCUUGAUGUCAACGCAGAUGUAAUCCGACGACUGGAGAAACCGUAUAGUGAUUACAGUCCUACCAUCCGAUUGUUUGAAUAUCUCGAGGCCACUCAACCAGAUCUGUCUAUUGAACAACUGAAAGACGCUCUGCUGGAGAUUGGGAGGAACGACUUGUUUAGUUUGCUGACAAAAGCUGGCUGCAUCGACUCUGAAAAAGUAAAAGACCUUAUCACUUCGCAAAAUAUUCAAGGUCCUUCACCAACAGCUGGUCUUUUGGACGAAAUUGCAUUGGCCUUAGACGUUACCUCUCUGGCAUUAUCAAGCUGGUCCAGCCUAGCAAUAAAAUUGAGAGUGCCAAGAAAAACUUGUUGGGGGUUUGAACGACGUUCAACGGAUAAUCCAACCCACAAUCUCUUGCAGUAUUUGGUUACCACCUGUCCCGAAAUGAAAUUGAGAAGUCUGAAAGAUGCCCUGGAUUCCAUUCAAAGAAAGGAUCUACUAAAAAUUCUAGAAGAACAUAAUCAAAGAGAUGAAGUAUUCCUGAAGGACUUAAUGUCCCAAGAACCGGAGCUUGUGGAGACAAUGGCAGAAACACUUAACCGCGAAGAAGUACCAGGUGUCAAAAGUUGGAUACAUCUCGCCUACAAACUGAACGUGCCCGAUGACGUGCGUCAAGGAUUUGGUGUGACAGGACAAAAUUCGAAAAGUCCCACUAAGGAAGUCAUUGAAUGGGUGGCUGUGAAUCUCCCGCAGAAAACUUUAAGUGACGUUACAAAUGCGUUGGACAGGAUCCAACGUAAUGAUGCUAUUCGGAUAAUAUCAAAGCAAUUUCCAGGCUCAGUUGAGUCAACUUUAGAGCGACGUGGCUGUUCAUUCCAAGACAGUCUUACAAUGUCUGAUCCCACAGGUCAGAGUCCAUCUCCCAGCUACAAACGGGGAGAGAAAGAUUCUCCUCCAAAGGGAGCUUCCCUAAUGGUGCAAAGGAAACACAUGUGUGCUAUCCAAACAAGACUCUGCCAUGUGCUUCCGCUCUAUGAACAAAACCUGGGAGACCACCCUUUCACGGCAACAACACUGGACUGGAUUGGUAACAGUUACCACGCCUUGGGCGACUACGACAAUGCUGUUAAAUACAUCAGUAAAUCAGUUGAAAUGCGUAAGCAACUGUUGGGGCACCAUCAGGAAACUGCGAUGUCUCUUCAUGAUUUGGGAGUGGCUUUGAACGCGAAAGAAGAUUACUCAAGUGCACUUAAGUAUCUUAAAGAGGCAAUUGAUUUGCAAGAGGAAGUAUCAGACACACAUCAACAACUGAUUCACACUCACCAAGACAUGUCCAUUGCUCUGCGGGGUCUCGGAAGAAACAGCGAAGCCGAGGAAGAAAUGACACGGGCUGCGGUGUGCGCGAAAAAGUUGGAAAAGGAAGAAAAAGAAGAAGAAAAUGACUGGAUGGAUAUCUCAUGCACAGGACUAGGAGUUUUGAAAAAGAGAUCCACAACACUGUAAGGAAGCAAAACAAUCUAUCGAUUGAUUGAUGGGCUCUCAUGGUCACUUAUUUAACCAAUGCAGCGACCCAGUCGCUCAGUCUGUCCGUUCAUUGACCUCCCUACGUGCUUAUCAGUCAAUUGCAGUUUAGGAAGAACCUCUGUUAGACUUUAGUCGGGGUAGGAUGGCGGUAACCAACUAAUUUUGAUCAGGCCAAGUUAAGUUAUUUUUUUAAAAAAGGAAGAUCUUUAAUUGUACUCUCCAUCGUCCUAUUAACGAGCAGAGGUUGAACUUCCCCAGAGUUGGCAAAUUGACAUGUCCAAAUUCAUACUGAUUCUCACUACGGGAAACCGAAAAACCCUCAUUGUUGACCUCUCUUGACAAGAGAAACUAACCAAGAGCAAGUGAUUACAGUAAUAAAUUAAUGUCUCGAAGACAGAAGAUAUCUUUUUCUUGGGCUUCAGCAGUUAAAUUGAGCGAUCGGCAAAUAUGGUUAAAGGCAUUGGGUAAACAUAUAUUUGUGACAUUUUUCCGGGUGAAAUUGUGAAAUAAAUAUUAGAAAUGUAGGGAAAUAAAAACGCUUGGCAGAGGCAAA